AUGGCUCCAAUCGAGACCCAUGGGCCGCUGAUAGGUGCCGUCACCUGGUUUCUGUGUUUCUUCUGUGGCGCUUUCUUGGCUCUGCGUGUGUACGCCAAGCUGAGUCGAGGCCAGAAACUGUGGUGGGACGACUACAUAAUGAUAUUCUCGUGGACCUGCCUCUUCAUCGAGUCUAUAAUCACACAAAUGGGUAUCAAUCUUGGAUUCGGACGGCACUACUACAACAUCAACCCACAAACAAACCUUUUGACAAUCGCAAUGUACACUUCAGUCGGAGCCUCUGUAUCCUGCUUCGCCUCAACGGGUAGCAAAGUAGGGUUCGGUGUUACGCUGCUGCGUCUCACGUCUGGCUGGUACAGGAGGUUCGUCUGGUUUGCUGUUGUGACUCUGACCGCCGUCAUGCUUCCCAGCGCAACUUUGACGUGGUUGAAGUGCACACCGGUACAGAAGAACUUCAACAGACAAAUGGAAGGGACCUGCUGGGAUGAGUCAGUGACGCUCAACUACGGCAUCUUCAACGCCGCUUGGUGUGCCUUCAUGGACUUCGUCUUGGCACUGGUACCGUGGAAGCUGAUUUGGGGAAUGCGCUUGAGAAGACAUGAAAAGCUCGGCAUUUGCUUUGCGAUGAGUCUCGGAUGGUUGUAA